AUGGCCGAAACAGCAGCAAAAAGACUCAAGACCUCGCCCGUUACCAUCGGUACUCACAAUGGCCAUUUUCACGCAGAUGAAGCCUUAGCUGUUUAUAUGCUUCGCCUUCUCCCAACUUAUCAAUCUUCAGAGCUUAUUCGAACUCGGGACCCUAAACUUUUAGAGACUUGCCAUACCGUUGUUGACGUGGGAGGUGAAUAUAACGACGAGACCAAGAGAUAUGAUCAUCAUCAACGUACUUUCGAUACUACAUUCCCAAAUCGUCCUACCAAGCUCUCCUCUGCGGGGUUAGUGUAUAUGCACUAUGGCAAGGCGAUUAUUGCACAACAUUUAGGUGUCGCCGAAGAUGCGGAAGAAGUUGCUGUUAUCUGGAGAAAGAUUUACGAAAGCUUUAUUGAAGCACUUGAUGCUCACGAUAACGGUAUUUCAGUCUACGACCCAAAGGCUAUUUCCGCCGCGGGCCUGGAGAAGAAGUUCAGUGAUGGAGGAUUCUCAUUGGGUGCUAUGGUAUCCAGAUUGAACCCAAACUGGAAUGACCCCACCCCAUCUGAUCCCGUCGAGGCUCAAAAGGCAGAAGAUGAGAAAUUUUUGGUAGCCAGCACUAGAAUGGGUGAAGAAUUCUCAAGAGAUUUGGAUUAUUACACAAAAUCAUGGUUGCCAGCACGAUCGAUUGUCCAACAAGCAUACGCCAAACGCCUACAAUACGAUUCGAAGGGAAGAAUAUUAGUAUUUGAUGGCCAAUCAGUUCCAUGGAAGGAUCAUCUCUACACACUCGAAGAUCAAGAGAACAGCGAGAAUAAAGUACUCUACGUUCUCUACCCUGAGAGCCCACGACCAGAUGCGAAAUGGAGAAUCCAAUGUGUACCUGUCACCAAAGACUCUUUCCAAAGCAGAAAGCCAUUGCCUGAGGCAUGGAGAGGUUUCAGAGACGAGGAAUUAUCUCAAAUUACUGGUAUCCCAGGAGGAGUUUUCGUUCAUGCAGCGGGAUUCAUUGGAGGAAACAAGACUUUCGAUGGAGCAAGUGAGAUGGCAGCAACAGCUGUUGAUUUGUGA